AUGUCUCUCGCUAAGCCUCUACAGCCCAGCACUGGUCAUAUCUCUGAAGAACAUCGUCAAUACCUCUUGGACAAGCAUUCGGCCGUAGACCUCGACCCUCUUCCAGAUAUGAACGAUGCAGAUCCCCACAAUUGGCCAUUGCGCAAGAAAGUUAUCAAUCUCCUGAUUGUUGCGUUCCAUGGUCUCAUGGGUACCUUCACAGCGGCGGCUAUCCAGUCUGCAUUUGUAGACAUUGCAGAGGACUUACACGUUAGCGUGGUAAGAACGAGCUACUUGACCUCUCUUGUUAUUGCUAUCCUUGGUGUUGCGCCUCUUUUCUGGAAGCCGCUCUCCGACCGCUUUGGAAGACGACCUGUUUUCCUUAUCUCAUUGGUUGGGAGCUUUGUAGGCAACGUUGGCUGUGCAGAAAGCCACCAAUACGCCACGAUGGCCCUCUGUCGGGCUAUCACUGCAUUUUUUAUUUGCCCUGCUGCCGCCCUUGGAAGCGCUGUUGUCGCGGAAUGUUUCUUCAAACAUCAGAGAGCACGUUACCUGGGAAUCUGGACGGUUUUGGUCACCAUUGGAGUACCAACCGCGCCUUUUAUCUUUGGCUUUGUUGCUUUGAGGGUUGGUUACCGUUGGAUCUAUUGGACGCUCGCCAUCACCAACGCUAUUCAACUCAUUCUUUACAUCUUCCUAGGUCCAGAAACUCGGUAUAUCAAGGGUCAAGGAUCUCUUCCGGGCCCUAAGUCAUCUGGCUACGGCGGCUUGUUCCGUUUCCGACGCAUCGACCCGGCCCCGUUGACGCCUCUCGACUUUAUUCGACCCCUGGGUCUCGCUGCUCGCCUCUGUGUGCUUAUACCGGCAGCAGCUUACGCCAUGGUCUUCCUUUUCGCUUCUAUUCUGAUCGCCAUCGAGAUCCCGCAAAUCUUCCCGGAGCAAUUCCAUUUCAACACGCAACAAGUCGGACUGCAAAACCUCAGCAUCAUUAUCGGUUCUCUCCUUGGCGAACAAAUCGGGGGGUACAUGUCCGAUAUGUGGAUGAGGCGCCAAAAGCAUACUAAGUCUUUCGGCGCCGAGUUCCGGCUCUGGCUAAGUUACUUGGGAUACGCCCUUGCCAUCGGCGGCACGGCCAUGUUUCUCGUUUGUGUGAACAACGCCGGCGAGCAUUGGAACAUCGCCCCGCUUAUUGGAGCAGCGAUUGCUGCUGGGGGAAAUCAGAUCGUUACUACAGUCCUAACCACCUACUCAAUCGAUUGUUACCCUCAAGAGGCGGCGGCGAUUGGUACUUUUAUCAACUUUGUUCGUCAAGUGUGGGGAUUCAUUGGACCUUUCUGGUUUCAUCACAUGAUUGGCAGUGUGGGGCUGGAUGGCAGCGCCGGUGUCACUGCGGCGCUUGUAGUCGGAGUCAGCGUGUUGCCCACAGUAGUGUUGCAAUGGAAAGGGGUUUCAUGGCGCAAAGUCACUACGACGCACUGCAGUGAGUGA